AUGCCCCGUACUCGCUCUGCGGCUCCCAGUCAGGCCAGCGAGCCGGUUGUCAGUCAACAAACACCUCAAUUGAAGUCCGCCGAGAAGCCCAGCAGGACUUUUAUCCUUCCGUCUAAUACCAGCGCUGCUGCACGUCUGCUCUCCCUUCCGAAUCCGCAGUCCAAUGAGAUAUCACCAUAUUUCUUCUGUCCAGGUCGCGGGCUGUACGAGUUUACGACUGUCGUAGCGCCUCCAUUCGCGCCUCGUAGCAUUCUCUUUACCUCCAAGAAGCACAGCCUGCAUGAACUCGAGGCGAAAGAUACAGCUGCCUCGGCAACGGCAUCAAUUGCGAAAAAGGCCGAAUUACUCGUCGCAACACCCAUUGACGUCGCUUUUUUCUUGGUUGCGCUGCUUGCCCCGUCUUCCAAGUCCAAACAAUCACUUUACCAACCCUUGGACGAUAUAAUUGAUUCUCAUGACAAUCUACCCUCGCAUUUCCGCCAUGUCCUUUCCAAUGACUCGUUUCGCCGCACCCUCCUCGCGCGCGCCGAAGCUAUUUGUGAUUUUGUGGAGGCAGGCGACGAAAAGAUGUUUCGCUUCAGCGAAUCGAAGCUGCUCAAGGAGUUGCUGGUCAAGGCGGAACGUAUGGCGGAACAAGGUCUCCCUGCCAGUCUUGAAGACCGGUUUGUCCGUCAGGCACUAGCAACUCCGCUCAUGUCGGUGAAACGUGUUGAUGAUAUGACGAAUCAAGGUGACAAGAACUCUAGUCCGGGCACGGGAGAGGCUUCAGACACACCAGAUUCGCCAGCUACACUUGCUACCACUACGACUCCUUCAAUAUCCACGCCGCCAGGUGAAACAACACCUGUGCCCGUUCCUUCGAACGAUGACUCUGAUGAGAUCCGUCGGCUGCAGCGGAUUUCUAUCGCACUUUCGUUCAUGAAGGAGUCCUACCUGUCCUCCGCCAUGUCUUCAAGAAUUGACGAACUGCUCAUCUCCACAGAUUCACCUCUGAAUCUUGGACCAUUGACUGAUCGUCUGAAGGAACUGGCUGCGUUGCGGGCAGAGGCUGCGGCUUCUCGAGGUCUGUCUGAUUUCAGUCGGAAGCGUGGUCUUGACGAUGAAGAGGCAGAGGAUCGGGCCGACAAGAAAAGAAAAAAGGAGGAAGAGGAAAAGAAAGCGAAGGCCUCCUUGUCUCGGGGAGUGCGUGACCUGCAAAAAGUCAACACGACCGGCAUGAAGAAGAUGAGUGACUUCUUUGGCAAGGCAUCGGCCAAGAAGAAGACAUGA